UGGCAAUCCAAAAAUGUAAUUCCGUUUACUUUUCGCUGUAGUAUAGUGCUGUGCUGUGCUGUGCAGUGCAGUGUGUCCCUGUUCGGUUGCCUGGGAAGCCCCUAGUCCGGAGUGGAGCUGCCAACGCCCGACGCGAAGACAUCAGUGGGAGAUACGGUAUUGAAUGAUUUGUGAAGAAUGCAGACCAUCAAGUGUGUUGUCGUUGGGGAUGGUGCCGUGGGUAAAACCUGCCUGCUCAUCUCAUACACCACCAACAAAUUUCCCUCAGAAUAUGUACCGACAGUGUUUGAUAAUUAUGCUGUUACCGUAAUGAUUGGAGGUGAGCCCUACACACUGGGCUUAUUUGAUACUGCAGGUCAGGAAGACUAUGACAGGUUACGGCCUCUGAGUUAUCCCCAGACAGAUGUCUUCCUAGUGUGUUUCUCCGUUGUGUCUCCCUCAUCGUUUGAAAACGUAAAAGAAAAGUGGGUUCCAGAAAUCACACACCAUUGUCCAAAGACCCCCUUCCUGCUGGUUGGCACUCAGAUUGAUUUACGAGAUGACCCCUCAACUAUCGAGAAGCUGGCAAAGAACAAGCAAAAACCUAUUACUCCAGAGACGGCAGAGAAACUUGCAAGAGACCUCAAGGCUGUGAAGUAUGUGGAGUGCUCAGCCCUCACCCAGCGAGGGCUGAAGAAUGUAUUUGAUGAAGCUAUCCUAGCUGCCCUAGAACCUCCUGAGAUGCAGAGACAAAGAAAAUGCUGCAUAUUUUAAACAAUGCGCAACUGCUCCAACUUAUGUCCACUGCUAAUUGUAGCAGUUUUACUAUAGACCGGGCGCCGCCAACCUUUUUGAAACUAUGAGCUGCUUCUUAGCGACUGAAUAAUGCGGAGGGCUGUCAGUUUGAUAGUAUGCACUUUUGAAAUAAAUUUGCUCGAACUACCAUCAUAUGUUAUAAUGAUAAAACAGAUAAAUAUCAAUUUGCCACACUUCAUUAUAAAUAUCUGCCAGUGUUCGCAUUUUGAAAAGAUCACUUCUACAUGAUUCGUGGAGAGUCAGUGUCUCAUCAAAGGUGAGCUAUUUUUGGAAUAGGCCCGCGGAACACUCCCAUAGUCCUUGAGGGGCUCCCUGGUGCCUGUAGGCACUAGGUUGGUGACCUCUGCUUUCAACUCUUCUUCAAAAUCUUCAAAGCAUCCAUAUGCAGGUAUAAAAAUCGAAAGCAAUCACAAAUUCUUUUUUUACUACCCAGUUUAAAGCGUGUAUUGACAAUGCCCCAUGGCUAAUCUUCAUUAUUUGUAUCUUUCAAUUGUUUGUUAUCAUCCUUGGACUUUGUCUGGCAUUUGUAUCUGGUUGGUACAUUUACAAAUGCAAUCCCGUUAGCAGUAUCUUGUCAGAGCUCUACAGCUCAUUACUCUUGGGCACCUCCAACAGACUCUUGUGGUAUAUCUAAGCAAGAAUUGUCUGACCUUUGAUGCCAAAUGUAGCCGAGUUAAUUACGACUACCACAGUGUCAAUUAACAUGGUCCACGGUCAAUAUUAAAGCAAAAGCAUAGCAAGAAUUUGGAAUGCCUAUUUUCUUGUAAUAGUUGACACAAUGACGCUGUGGACUAAACUUGGCACGUCUUUGUAUUUAAUUUAAUCAUUUGAAAAGAGGGAAGAAGGCAUCAUAAAUGCAUUCCGAGAGUGUCCUGCUAUCUUGACCACAACAGUACAAUAUGUAAUAUUCUUCAAAUAGAAAAGUAGAGAAUAAUUCUAUGCACAGAUUCAUUGUUUUUGUUCGGCACAUGCUUUUGGACACACUUUGUUCAACCUCUGUACAGGGUGGUUUGCACUCAAGGUUGUGAAUGCCAGCGAAAUAUUCGGUCAACAAAUUCAGCUGUAACAACCAUUACUCUUUUUGGGGAGACUGAUUGCGUAUUAUUCAAACGUAUGCCAAAAAAAGAAUUUGGGCUUCGAUCCACCUAUGUUGUUUCAAUUGUGAAAGUCGGGACCGACUCUGAACAAUUAGUAUUUUCUUUUCAAUUGGUUUCAACACAUUUCUAAUUAGGAGUGUGUGUGUCUGUGAAUUCUUGUGUUAUUUGGAGGUUACCCAUAUUGCCACAGUGCUUCUAGUGACAGUGAAACCUCCAAACAACUCAAACUACUUGAGUUGUAUGGAGCAACCUAAGAACCACCGAGGAAGAGACAUGGGGCACUAAGCACUGAACGGGAACUUGUCACAAUCUAUCAUGUGAGGACGUAAGCGUGCUCAUCGGUGUUUUGCAACACCAAAGAAUGGAGAACUCUGAAUUUUGCGGCAAAACACGCCACUGCCGCAGUUCCAAAAUGUAAGACUGGAAUUUAUUUUUACAUAUUAUUAGCCAUAUAGACGUUUGCACUAUUUAACCGAAAAUAGUCAAAAUCCUCUGAUUUCAAUCUUUCAACAGUACAUAUUCUCUCAUUUCUGUAGUCCGUCACGAUAGCAGACUGAUUAGCCUUUGUGUUUAAUACAAAUCAAACAUGUCAACAUCUACCCGUUCUUUGGAAAACAACGGUCGACAUUUGUACCUAUUUUCUAACAUGUUGCACACCAAACGAGUAAAUUUAUGAGGGGAAAAAAGGUAUAUUCAAGUUUAGUCUAUUACAAAAUAAUCGUUAUUUUCAGUCAGCAUGAUUUAUCUGUAGUGAAACUUGAACUAAUCUCAGAAGUGUACAGCAUAUGAAACUUGUAUCACUUCACAUUCAUCAGGAGCCAAGAAGUAACUGUUUCCAAAAUGUUGGUGAGUACGUUGCUCCCUCUCGUGUGAAAUUGCUUAAUUGUUGUUUAUUUGGUUUGAUUAAUAAACAAUACAAAAGAAACAACAAUCAUCGGUUAUUAAAUAUUUUUUUUUAAUUGAGAAAAAAACUUGCAAUACAUUUAAUGCAAAGUUCAUUUCUAUCUGCUCAUUCGUUUACUCGAUAGAAUAAUCAACAAAAAAUAUUAUCUAAUGACAGCCUGAAUUGUAUAUAUAAUAUAAAGUUUAACGUGUGAUUAUUCUCCUUUUUUUUUUUUACUCCAAAUGUGAUAUGAUGGUAUUCAGUAAACACAGAAAAAUAUCCCUACUCAAACACAGACUGUAGAAAUAACUUGGAUGAUGUAUAUUUUAGUGCAAUAACUGUUAUGCCCUGCAGAGAAAGCAACAACGGUCUAAAACACCGAGCGUAUAGCCAUGGUGAAUGUAUGCAAACUUCUCAUCAGAACCAUGUGAAACUAUUGCCUGCUGUUGUCACACAAAGAAGAUAUAACAGUUGUUUUGGAAGAAGAAAAAAAACAACCUAUAAUAAAGCACAAGUGAGGUACUCUU